GGUCGCCAGACUCCUCCGAGCUUCGGUUGUAUCCAGUUGUAUUCAGGACAACGGAGGCUAGCUAUAGCUCUUUCUGUCGUCCACCCUCGCUGCGCACCUCUUUGGUCGAAGAGCCUUCGAGAGCUCGAUUCUUCGAGCUAUCUCGUGUGAGUUGAGCACACCAAAAUGGUGUCCAAAGGUUUCCACGAAAAGUGGAUCUCCAGGGAGUCGACCGGAUACCUGCUGAGGCGGCUCUGUAAGGCGCAGGCCCUAGCCGAAGACACAGUGCCGAUAGAAGCCACCAACAUCCGGAACAAGUCGGACUUCCUCCGGUCGAUGGGCCUGGAGGUGAAGCAAACCCGGCUGGUGAAGAAGCUCCAGAGGGUGGGCGUGAUCAGCAACGGGGACUUCGGCCUGAUAAUCCGGGACCACGGAUCCCAGCCCAGAAGACGAGGGAGACCCGCCAAGAGAACGAAACACCAGGGCGUGGACGUUAUCAAGAACGGUGACUUCGGCCUGAUAAUCCGGGACCACGGAUCCCAACUCAGGAGACGAGGAAGACCCGCCAAGACGACGAGACACCAGGAACAGGUCCCCCGAAGAGGGAUCGAACUUCCCCUGAAGGACUGCCGGGUGGUCAUCUUCGGGGAGAAGUGCAAGGUCUGCGGGAGGAACUUCAAAUGCAAGACCGACGUGGCGGAGCACAUGAACAGCAGACACUCCACCAGGAGGCUAGCCAGGAUAAGAGUGGUUUUUAAGAUAGGCGAGGAGGUGGUGUCCAACGUCUUGCUCAAGAAGAAACACAUCAAGAAGACGUCCAGAAUCCUGCGGGUCGGGGAAGGCCCAGACCCCGAGGGAGCAAACCUCGACAUGGGACCUUCCAGUCUCCAGGAACCCAACAUUGGGCUGGAGGCAGAUGAAGUCCUGCAGAAGGACCUUGAUGACGAGGACGCGCGGAGCGACAUCUCCAAGGCGUCCACGAUUCUGCUGGACGAGAGAUAUCGAAACUGCGGAACUCGUGCAGGAGUUGAUGAUCAUGAUGACGAUGAUGUUCUGGUCUGGAAACGGGAGACUCUGAAUUACGGGGAGGAGUUUGAUAAGGCGGGUCUUGAAGGGCUCUGCCUGAAAUCCGAGGAACCUGGAUCCGGGUAUCAUGCCUUCAGGGCCAAACUGAAGUAUGACGAGCCUUAUGACGAGGUCAUCAUGAUCUCCGAUGACGAUAGCGAUGACUGCAGCGUUUUUAGGUGUGGGUCGGUCGACGGGAUGAUCGCUGGCGACCUGGAGGAUGCGAAUUUCACCGACGAGGACGAGGGCAUCAUCGAGGUGAUCUACGUUAGAAGAGGGUCCUCCAACGUGAAGACUGAGGUCAAUUCGUCUUCUGAUUUGGACCUGACCCAGGACAACCUGGAUAAAGACAGGCUGGAGAUGCCGAGGGUGGUGAAGGACGAGGUGAAGACGGAUAUCAAUGUCAAGGACCUGAAGAGGGACCUUGAGGGUGAAGGGAAGAUUAAUUGCAAGGUGGAGGCGACUCCUGUCGAGGAUCUUGAAGUCCUCGAGCUGGAGACACCUGUCGUCCGGAGGCGUGAUGUUAAAUCGGAGGACAAGGUGUUGGGGGUUAAGGGACCAGCUAUGUCGGUUUGUAGCUCGGGCCCGGAGGAGUUGGAUGACGAGGUAAUGGAGGUGCUGAGGAUCACCAGGGAGAGGCUGAAGAGUGACGACCUGGACAUCAACCACGAGUCCCCCAACAGGCAUGAAAGGGAGAUGCUGAUCGAGGCUGACUGUAGGAAGAUGAGCACCAACGAGGCGGUGGAGAAGGUCGACAGGAAUGUCCAGUCGAGGAACAUGAAGACGUGGACCUUGAAGGAGGAGGUCGAAGAGAUAAUGCUGGACGAGGACGAUUCCGACGCGGAGACGCUGAUCAAGGAGGAACAGAGCUAUCAGUUUGACGUGAAGGUUCAACAGGACCUGCAGGAUGAUGUCGACGUCGUAGAUGUGGAUGUUGAAGAGCCGGGGAACGAUCGGAGUUCCCCAGUUUUCCACAGUUUUCUCGAUAGAAGGGGUAGGACUCCUGGGUACUCCGAAAGUGUGGACCAGUACUUGGACAGGACUGAGAGCUCUUGGUCGACGACUACUCAGGACACCCUGCAGGAGUUCAACAACAACAACGUUGGAGAAUUAAGGCCUAGUCUGUUAAAUAAGGAAGUGGGAAGGGCAAACGAGUGCCGGAAGUGCACCUGCAGGGCUGACGGAUGUCAUGGGAAGGAGAGGACCGGGAAGAGACCGGUUAAUUUCGUCUUUCAUCGCAGCAUCUUUAAUAGGAGAGAGACUUUGCCGUUGAGGGUUCCUGAUAGCACAUAGGGAAACGGGGGAAGGAAGUUCCCAAUAGCUUAAGGGGAUAUGAAUGUCCCGUCCGAGGAGUUUCUCACUUUUCUUCGAUCCGGGUGGAUCGAAUCGCUUGAAACAAUACCACGGUAGUGAGGAGGCCUUAAUGGAGGUCCCGACAUUCGAGAUUUCACUUUUGCUCAACAGUUUCUAUAAUAUCUUGUAAAUAAAUUAGUAAGCUUCGUAGGAGCCGAACCUUCGUUAGGGCCGCCAGUUUCACGUGGGGAUGUUUUAAGGGAUUCGGUGCACCCAGAACGGAGAAGAAUGUCGUAACCUCAAAGACGACACUUUCAUAUCGCCUUAAGGGUCCAACCAGAUCGGCCAUGUUGAAUUUUUCUGUCAGAGGAGAGGAAAUCUGCGCCAUAUGAAGCGAAUAACGUUUGCCGGCGAAGACCACGACAAAAAGAAGAUAGAUAUUCAAGAAACGAAUCAGUUUAUUAAAGUUUGUGUACCACGAGACGAGGUUAGGAUCCCAGGGUGAUAAUAUUCGACAAUGAACAUAAUGUUAACGCAAGAUGAGACAGUUUACACAUCCACGUUUCGACGAUAACGUGAAAAAUUGAGGGAAAUUGUGGUGGGGAAUUUUCUCGCCUUUCACCGGGAAAUUCAAGAUGGCCGACUUGGCUUGGCUGGAAUGUUUACAUUAAGACUCGCAACAUUCCACGGAUUGUUGCUCAAGAGAUGCACUUUAUGGCGUUAGAACUUGAAGAGGACCCUGAAGUGACCCUCGAAGAGCCGAAAAACGCAGCUUUUAACUUCAGAAAUGGACCAAACUCAAGAACCAUUUAAUGGCUUUAUUAAAAGUGAGUCGAACUCAAGGCUGGGGAAUUCUUCAAGAGCCGCCUUGAGAUAUUCCUGUGCAAGACAUAAUGUUUAUUUAUCUAAACCGUCAAGAGCCAAUCAAACUCUCGUCGACGAGUGCCCUUGUCGACGGAAUGAAACGAGACUGUGAAAUUAAUAUUUAAGGUUGUGAAAUACAUUUUUAAGCUCUAGUUAGAUUAAGGUGAUGUCAAAGUGGCGUCUA